ACAAGUGCGUAAUUUUUGUGAAUUUUGGACGUCGGAAAACUGGAUACACAAGAUUAUAUCAAGUAGGACCCAUCUUGAUAAAAAGAAUUUUCAAAAUGGCUAUUUUCCACUCCGGAUCGUUUUUCCGAAAUUGGAGUGCCAUUUAACCGAAAUUCGCUACGGCAUCGUUACCGCCUUGGUUUUGUGACUUGGAUUACAAAAUUUCGUGGUUAUAGACGGCGCCACUGUUUUUCUUCCAGUUUGGAAAAUGUUCCGUUACAACGGAAUCGCUAAAAGACGUUUGAACUGACGACUAGAAAGAAGACGAAAUAGAUUUUGUGUUGUUUAUUUAUUUUGGAGUAGGCCAAUUCUCCCGAGGAGAAACAAAAGAAAAGUUCUCGGUCUUUCGUCUUUUUAAGUAGAAGAACAUUUUACUGGAAAAAAAGUCGACAGAAGUCUUAUUUUACUCUGUUGUUAACCCACGAUUGUUUGCGUCCCAGAAGACAGAGAGGGUGGAGAUUGUGUUGUCAUUUCAGCCGUACGACAAAAUGAAUGCAAGCAUUUGGAAUUCUCGUCUACACAGGCAGAUUAUUUUAAAUUUAACAUAAUUAACAGUCUUGAUUAAAGGAGAAAACCUCGUUGACGAUUUCACCAGAAAGAAAGAAAAACAGAAGAAAGAUUUUAACGAAGAGGAAGAGGAAACUUCUCAAGUAACAUUUGAUGAUGUAUGGAAUUCUCGUUCUCGUGGACUGUGGUAACAAGUAUUCUGGUAUUUUCUGUGUCUUUCUUGUCUGAACUUUAUUAAACUAGUAAGUAGAUUUUUACUUUUUUCCUAAGGUAAUUUUAAUUAAAAAAACUUUUCAAGAAAUGAUUCAGUUUAUAUUACUUAGUUCUGCAAUGAAAGCUGUAAAAUAGGAAAACCGAAGGAAAGUUAAUUCUUCAUAAAAUACAUUUACACCUAAUUUUCUUAUUUUUAAAAAUCACAGAUAAAAGUAUAUAUAAGCAUUUGAAAUACACGGAUACUGUUGCUGGAUAAGAAAAAUUAAUUUGAAUUCAUUCAUAUGCCUUUGUGUCUUUAUCAUAAAAUUUAUUAUGUAAGUAUCUACUGGGACAUAUCGUAUUAGUAGGUGUCCGAGUUCUGUGAAUUUAAACUUAUUCGGAAAAAACAAUCUGUAUUGUUCAUCUAUUUAUUUUAUAUAGGUUUAUUGUUUGAAAAUAUAAUACCAAAUUUACGUUGAUCUUUUUUAAUUUAAAUGUAAUUAUCCACUAAAAAACUAAGUCAUUUUAAUCGUAUCAUUGUCGGGAAAAUAUAACAUUUUAUGAAAUCUUGUUUUAACAAGUAAUGGCAGUAAACCUGCUGACAAAGGACCGAGAGGUUUGAAACACAACGUGUGUACAGCUGAAAAAGUGAACAAUAAAGAUCGUUUUUUCUGAAUAAGUAUCCUCAAUUCGCAGAACCCGGCACAACUAUAAUAAGUCCUACUAAUACCAUAUGUUCCAGUAGACACUUAUAUAAUAAAUUAAUUUGAAUUACUUCCAUUUUCACGUUUUAAACCGAGCCGUAAUUUUAUGACCUGAAAUGAAUGUCCACGGAAGAAUUUCUAAAAUUACUAAUUUAAUUUUGAAAUAUUUAAAUUUUAACUUAGAAAGUAAUGUGUGACGAUAUUCUCGUAUCUGAUGUCAUUUGGGACUUUUGUUGCUUUCAGAUUCACUACCCGUCAAUCAAAAACAUUCCUGUUAGAAUAGUCGAUGGAUAAGUUGGACUUCUGUCGUUAACGGAACACUAAAAUUGAAGCCAGUGUUGUAAAAUCAUUACAAGAAUAUAUCAACAAGGAAAACAUUGUUCAUGCGAGUGAAGAAAAAGAGAAAAAUCAAUGAAGAUAUUUUAAAACUAUUUUUCAAAUAUUUUGUUUUUGCAAAAUACACUUUUUAUAAAUUGUUUGCAGAAAAAAAAUGUUUAAACAUUGAGAAGAGAAAGAAUGGGAAGUAUCAAUGUGAUAGUUGCAAGAAAAUAUUCAUUUCGAAGCGAGGAUUUGUAUGUCAUCGAAGGAUUCACAGUGGAGAAGGACUCUUGUCUUGCAAAUUCUGUAAUCGUCGGUUCAAUCAAUCCAGCAGUCUUCGUACCCAUGUCAACAUUCACACCGGAGAAAAACCCUUUACCUGUGAUCAUUGCAAACGGAGUUUUGCACAGAAAGGAAAUUUGAUUCGGCAUCUCCGAGUGCAUACAGGGGAAAAGCCAUUUUCGUGUACUUGUUGCUUAAAAAAGUUCAGUUUUAAACGUAAUUUAAAUAAUCAUAUUAUCAAAUGUCAUAAUAAUAAUGAAUAUGCAGCAAUCGAUUCCGACGAAGAACGAAAACAACGUGAAGAAAUCAUUUCUGAAAUGAAGAGCGACAUAUCAAAUGACCCUGAAGACAUCCAUGAAGACACUACCUUCGAAACAGAUGUGGUACCAUCGACAUCUUUCGAUCUGUUCUCAGAAGUAAGAAUCGAUCGAUAUGAAUUGGAAUGUGUCUUGUGUCAAGUUAAAUUUGACAACGAACUUUCUCUGCAAGAACACAUGAAAAAAAACAUUUUAGCAGGCAUAAAAUUAGAUGAAGUAUUGCUGAAACAUGAAAAAGGAAAGAAAACAUCAAUGCCCGGAUUCACAAAAAAUGAGAAACCGUUUAAAUGCGAAUUCUGCGGAAGACGUUUUACAUGGAACAGCAAUUUAACGCGGCAUCUGAAAUUGCAUUCGAAGGAAAAGCCUUUCAAGUGCAAUUGCAAUGGCUGUAAAUGGAGCUUUAAACGGGAAGAUGAAUUAGAACGACACCAGUUCUCAUGGCAUGGUGAAGAGAUUUUAUCUAAAGAACUUAAGGAUUAUAUUGUGGUAAAUGAAGGUUCAAAGUUAGGAAUUAAAUGGCAUGCAGAUUUUAUUAAUGGUUGUGUGAAGUGGUUAUCAAAUAUUUUUGCAAAUAACUCCUUCGAAAAAACAAUACAGGAACUAUCAGAUAAAAUUGACAAAUUAACUGAUAUUGAGACAACAAAAUCUCUUUUAGAUUCCCAAGAGAAGGUCUUAAAUAAACUUGCUGCUCUUGAAACAAAUACACCAAUAUUUGCAGUCAACAUACAAUCUUAG